CUUCCAGAACUCUUAGUGUUUGAAUCCUGAACUCUGUGUUUGUUUUUCUUUCAUUUCUGCAUAAAGUCUGGAGCUGAGAGAUUGAAAUGAUUCUUACAUGAUUACAAAUUUUAAACCAAACUCAUCGCAGCGCAACGAGGAAGAGGAAAGAGCUGCAGGUCGAAGCAGGAAGAGGAGGAAGAAGAAGAACUGAGAGGCGAUCAGAAGCAAGAGCGACGGGGAGGAAGAUCUAAAAAAAAAAAAAAAAAAAGAGGAACAAAAUCCAGAAAAUAAAAGAGAAACUCUGCAGCUCAGCGAGGAUCUAAAAACCGAGAAGGUAAAUCAGAGAGGAGCUGGUCUGAGACGACCAUGAGGCUGAAGAGUCGACUCUGUUUCCUGGUUCUGGUGAUUUCUUCUGUGUCGAGAGGAGAAAACCAAACUACAGUUUCUCCACCAGGUGGCGACGAGAAAGCGGAGAAUGAAGCUUCCUCCACUCCUACGGUUCCACAGUCUCUGAAUGACACCAGACAUGAUGCUAACAGCUCCACAGCGACCAAUCAGAGCCCAGCAUUGGUGGAGACGGUUUCCACGCCUGUAGUAGGAACGCCGGGUAAUGAAACGACAACUGAAGGUUCGUCACAGUCUUCAGCCUCCGUUCACGUGACGACGGUUUCUAUGACGACGGAUCUCACCUCACCCGAAGCCACAACACCUAGUGAGGAGGAAGAUGGAAAUACUUCCUGGGGCUAUGUGUUCCUGGUGAUGAUCGUCCUGGUCAUCAUCGUUCUGUGUGUCAUCCUCUACUUCCUCCGCAGAGCCUCCAGGACGUAUUCCUUCGACCUGCAUCGUCCCGGUCCGGUGGAUCACCCGAACCUGCCCAUCGGCACCUUUGAGCCGGUUUACCUGGACGACCUGGAGCGACCGACUCCCAAAGAAAACACGAUGACCGAAGAAGCUCCUCCGGCUGCCAACGGAACCAGUCUGACGGAGGAAAAGUCCUCGAGUGGACACAACGCUGCUCAGGAACAUCUGGAUGUCAAUGGUUUGGAGACAUCACCCACCAGUAACACCAGUGAAUCGCCAGACGCUGACCCAGUGCAGCCCCUGGACAGUCCCAGUCUGAUGUUCGGUGAUGCUGAAGAGCAGCAGAACGAGAACAACAACAAUCCCUCGGUUUGUUCCAACGAGCCUUUCGUGGAGAUAAACCUGGAUGAACCGGCCUGGUGUGAUCAGCUGCUCACCUCCCCUCAACCUCCGUCAUCCGUCCUCCUGUUCUCUCCUUUCUCCUUCUCCUCAUCCUCUUCUUAGCAUCUCACUGGAUCUGUCUUCUUCAUGUCAAACUAAACAUUCAGAUUAGGAGGUUGCUUUGAUCCACUAAUCUUCUUGUAUUCCACUUUUUACACCAACACACCUCAAAACGCGACAUUCACCCAAACCACGUCCAGCAGCAGUCAGUACAUCCCUGUACAACAUCAUUCAUCCAAAAAGAGCUAAAACCUGUCCAACGUGACUUCAGAUUUGUCCAACAAGACUAAAAACUCCAAAAUAAGUGACAAAAAUUGUGAAAUGAUGGUCCAAAAUGAUCAGAGGCUUUGCAAAUGUUAAGUAUUUGUCAUAUUAACUCAAAAGUUGUGUAAUAGGACCGAAAAUUAGUCCAAACUGCUUUAAAAUUCAUUUAAAACGUCUUGAUAUUUGCUUCAAACCGACUAAAUAAUUUGUCCAAAACGAGUUAAAAUUUGUCCAAAAUGACUCUAAAUGUGCAAAAUAGCUCAAAAUAUGCCCAAAAUGAACUAAGAAUUAUUCAACAUGAUUCAAAAUUUGUCCAAAAUGACUAAAAAUUUGUCCAGAAUGACUCAAAAUUUGUCCAGAAUGACUCAAAAUUUGUCCAGAAUGACCAAUUAAUUGCUAAAAUUAGUAAAAAAGGUGUCUGAAAUGACUCCAUAACCUUCCAAAAUGACUAAUUUGUGUUAAAUUUCUCAAAACAUGUUCAAAAUGAGUCAAAAUUUGUCCUAAAAUAGUCCUAAAUUGUCCACAUUAACUGUAAAUAUGUCUAAAGUAACUAAAAAUUACUGGAAAUCCGACCAAAAUUACCUAAAAUAUUUUCAAAACGAGAUAAAAUUGGUCAAAAAUGAAUUAAAAUUCAGUCAUAACUUAAAAAUUGUCCAAAAUGGCUCUAAAUGUGAAAAAGAGCUCAAAAUAUACCCAAAAUGGACAAAUAAUGACCCCAAAUGAAUCAAUAUUGGUCCAAAAUUAGUCAAAGUCUUUGCAAAAUUACUCAAAAUUUGACCAAAAUAACCCAUUAAUUGCUAAAACUAGUAAAAAAGGACUUCAUAACUGUCCAAAAUGACUCAUUUGUGUUAAACUUCUCAAAAUAUUUUCAAAAGAGGUUAAAAUAAAGAUUCCAGAGAAUCUCAGUAAUUAAAGUUAGACUCACUGAGUUCCUGCUGUGGAUCCUGAAUUUAAUAUAAAAUAAACCUAAACUGGUAGUUUGUAAUCUGACAUCAGAGAGAUUACUAGUUCUACUGUUAGAAGUAAUCUGAUUACUGUCAUGUGUUAGAGUAGAUUACACUGCGCUGUACUCAAACUGUGGUUAGUUUCUGUAAAUACUGUUUCUGUUUGACAUUUUGACAUUUUCUGUUUGUGAUGGUGGAUGUUUCUGAGUGUAUCAGAAGAUGAAAUGUGUUGACUUUAAUUUGUAGUGACAAUUAUUUUCUAAUUUUUUCUUUUUGAUUAAAAAAAACCCCAAAAAACUGACUAGAAUUACAAAAAUUUACAUUUUCAUGCAACAUUUGGCUUCAUUUAGGAAACCCCAAACUGACAUAAUAAUAAUAAUAAUAAUAAUAAUAAUAAUAAUAAUAAUAAUAAUAAUAAUAAUAAUAAUAAUAAUAAUAAUAAUAAUAAUAAUAAUAAUAAUAAUAAUAAUAAUGACCUGCUGGUUCAGUGUUAAAUGGUUGAUAUUAAAGUGUUUUCUCUGCAGUUUGUAUUUUUGUGUUGUUAUAAAUAUGAAUUUGGUGUUAAAAUAAAACUAAACUUGGCUGA